UACUUAGUAGAAUCUGUUUACAACUUAAAAGAAGCUUUUGUUGAUCAACAAACCCGGUUAUUGAUUAGAUAUACAGAAUGGUGUUUCCGGCCAGCGGUGGUGCUAAGUUUUUAGCUGACAGCGCUAAAGUAAUAAGAUUUGCUCGUCAAGGAUGUACAAACAGGCCUUUUUUCCAUAUUGUAGUGAUGGAGAGGCACAGGGAGCAGUAUGAUCCAGUCAUUGAGCAAGUGGGGAGUUACGAUCCUAUGCCAAAUCAAUUAAAUGAGAAACUUGUGUCCUUAAAUUUUGAGAGAAUCAAGUAUUGGAUUGGGAAUGGAGCAGAUGUCUCAACACCUGUGGCAGAGCUUCUGGGAUUAGCAGGUUUCUAUCCCAUCCAUCCAAGGACAUACAUGACAGCCUGGAGGAACCGCCGCAGUGCUGCAGAAAAUAAAGAAGAAGUUAAACUAGAAAAUAGUAGUUAGUAUGAACACAGUGAUGUACAUUUUACAGCAUAUAUUUUGAAAAAUGUGUAAUACAAACAGUUAUAGUCUAUUAAAUAAAACAGCUCUUUAUCUACA